AUGACGCUGGAGGAAAUGCCCCAAGUGAAGAAUGAAAAUGGAAUCGUGGGAUCUCGGGAAUCGGGUUCUGCACUGGACCUGGGUUGCGGUCCAGUCCCAUCGUUUUCGGCCUCAAUUUCUUCAUGGGCCAAUUCCCUGACAAUGGCUGACUUCUUGCCACAAAACCUUUUUGAAAUCUUCAAAUGGAAAACGAAUUCCUGCGGAAAACUGGAUUGGUUUCAUCAUUUCAACACCGUCGCCAAACUAGAAGACGUUUCAGCUAAGCAAGUGGAAUUGCGACUGAGGAGACGAGUUCAGAAAAUAAUAUCCUGCGAUGUAUCCAAGGAAAAUCCAAUUUUUCCUCACAAAAAUCUAUUCGAUGUGGUUUUCACGAGCUUAUGUCUGGAAUUUGCGACUGAUAAUUUGCCAGAUUACCAAUCUGCAUUCAAAAAUUCUGCAAACCUUGUCAAACCCGGAGGAUUUCUCAUUAUGCAAGGCGCGUUGGGAAACACUUUUUACAUGCUCGGAGGAACUCGAUUUCCCUCAGUGGCCCUGACCCGGGAAAUUUUGGCUGACUGCGCAAAAAUGUGCAACCUAAAGAUGGAGUUAUGGAAUCAGCUGGACCGCAAAUGUGGGCAAAAGGACAAGGAAGCUGACCACGAUGCCAUUUUUUUCUUCGUUGCCAGCAAACGCAUUUAAAGUUUAUGCGCGAAAAGUUUGAUCAAAGAAAUCAUAGCAUUCGUCUCGCUUGAAACUCCUUUUUCUUUUGCUGACAUCAUGUUUGAAAUAAACGCAUUGAUUAGAUGGAA